CUUGGGGCCAAGCACCGGUGUCUGCGUGUGCUCUCCUGGUGUUAGUGGCAGGAGCCCGGGGCUGAGGACUCCGGCUCACAGGCCAUGGCCUCCGCCGGGCUGCCCCAGGCCCCCGCCGAGGACUCCCCCUGGCCUCUGCGCCUCCUGCACGCGCCCCCGGGGCUGCUGCGGCUGGACCCCACGGGCGGCGCGCUGUUGCUUCUCGUUGUCGCCGCGCUGCUGGGCUGGAGCUGGCUGUGGCGGCGCCCGAAGCGGGGCAUACCCCCCGGGCCCACGCCCUGGCCCGUGGUGGGCAACUUCGGCUUCGUGCUGCUGCCGCCUUUCCUCCGACGGAAGAGCUGGCCGUACCGGCGGGCAAGGACCGGAGAAUUGAAUACCUCGGGCCUGGGCGUGCAGUUGCUCCUGGCAGACCUGGCCCGUGUGUACGGCAACAUCUACAGCUUCUUCAUCGGCCACUACCUGGUGGUGGUCCUCAACGACUUCCACAGCGUGCGCGAGGCGCUGGUGCAGCAGGCCGAGGUCUUCAGCGACCGCCCACGGAUGCCGCUCAACUACAUCCUGACCAAGGGGAAGGGGAUUGUAUUCGCACACUAUGGUCCAGUCUGGAGACAACAGAGGAAGUUCUCUCAUUCAACUCUUCGUCAUUUUGGCUUGGGAAAGCUUAGCUUGGAGCCCAAGAUUAUUGAGGAGUUCAAAUAUGUGAAAGAGGAAAUGCAAAAGAACGGAGAAGUCCUCUUCAAUCCUUUCCCCAUUGUCAACAACGCUGUUUCUAACAUAAUUUGCUCUUUGUGCUUUGGCCAGCGCUUUGAUUACACCAAUAGUGAGUUUAAGAAAAUGCUUAAUUUUAUGUCACGAGCGUUAGAAAUCUGUCUGAACACCCAGCUCCUCUUGGUCAACAUAUGCUCCUGGCUUUAUUACCUUCCCUUUGGACCAUUUAAGGAAUUAAGACAGAUUGAAAAGGAUUUAACUAUUUUCCUUAAAAAAAUCAUCGAAGACCAUCGAGAGUCUCUGGAUGUAGAGAACCCUCAGGACUUCAUAGACAUGUAUCUUCUCCAUGUGGAGGAGGAGAGGAAAAAUAAUAGCAAUAGUAGUUUUGAUGAAGAUUACUUAUUUUAUAUCAUUGGCGAUCUCUUCAUUGCUGGCACUGAUACCACAACUAACUCUUUGCUUUGGUGCCUCCUGUAUAUGUCACUGAACCCCGACAUACAAGAAAAGGUUCAUGAAGAAAUUGAAAGGGUCAUUGGUGGUGACCGUGCCCCUUCUCUCACUGACAAGGCCCAGAUGCCCUACACAGAAGCCACCAUCAUGGAGGUGCAGAGGCUGAGCGUGGUGGUGCCACUCUCCAUCCCUCACAUGACCUCAGAGAAAACAGUGCUCCAAGGGUAUACCAUUCCUAAAGGCACGAUAAUAUUACCCAACUUGUGGUCAAUACACAGAGACCCAGCCAUUUGGGAGAAACCAAAUGAUUUCUACCCUAAUCGAUUUCUGGAUGAUCAAGGACAACUUAUUAAAAAGGAAACAUUUAUUCCUUUUGGGAUAGGGAAGCGGGUAUGUAUGGGAGAGCAGCUGGCAAAGAUGGAAUUAUUCCUGAUGUUCGUGAGCCUAAUGCAGAGUUUCACAUUUGCUUUGCCUAAGGACUCAGAGCCGAUCCUGACUGGGAAAUAUGGUCUAACUUUAGCCCCACAUCCGUUUAAUAUAAUCAUUUCAAAGAGAUAAAGAACAGCUCCAGGAAGAGAUGGUGCAGAGAAUGUAAACACAUGUCCUUCUCAACAGAUUCUUCCUUCUGUAAUUGACAGCGGAUCCAGCAACUCUGCAGGUCUAGGUUAGGCUUGGAUUAGAGAGAGAUUGGAAAGAGGGUAGAGCACGUGGGGCCUUUCAUCUUGGAGGGUUCCUCAGAAGGAAACUUCAGCCAUUUUAGCAAUGCACGUGACUUGGGGGAUGGCAACGAAAGUACUGGAUUCGGAAGUGGGGAUCCGGAUUUUAUUCCCAGCAGCCUCCACCAAUGAACAUUUCUUCUCAUCCCUCAGUGCCUCAGUCAUUCCACGUGGAAAAUGACGGUAACAAAAUUUGACUUCUCUCUCUAUCUUGGCAUGAAUGCUGGUCAAAUGCUCCAUCUUUUCUGACAUCACCAAAGCACUGUUAAGCUCUGGAGAACAAAUUCAGGAGGAGAAGGAAGACCUACCUGUUUAAGACCCAUGACAACAUGACAGUGGUGUUCAGACUUGAAUACUUCAUCAGAGAAGGACGUGGGUUUAGGGGACAAUGAAUUAGAGCUUUUCUUAUUUAUUUAUUUAUUUUUACUUAAUUUCUUUUUGGCUGCGUUACGUCUUUGUCGCUGCAUGGGCUUUCUCUAGUUGCGGUGAGCAGGGGCUACUCUUCAUUGCCGUGCGUGGGUUCUCAUUGCGGUGACUUCUCUUGUUGCGGGGCACAGGCUCUAGGGCACAUGCAGGCUCAGUAGUUGUGGCGCACGGGCUUAGUUGCUCCACAACAUGUGGGAUCUUCCUGGACCAGGGCUCAAACCCGUGUCCCCUGCAUUGGCAGGCAGAUUCUUUUUUUUUUUUUUUUUUCAAUUUAUUCAUUUAUUUUUGGCUGUGUUGGGUACUCGUUGCUGCACGCAGGCUCUCUCUAGUUGCGGCGACUGGGGGCUACUCUUUGUUGAGGUGCACAGGCUUCUUGCUGCGGUAGCUUCUCUUGUUGCGGAGCAUGGGCUUUAAGCGCGCAGGCUUCAGUAGUUGUGGCACGUGGGCUCAGUAGUUGUGGCUCACGGGCUCUAGAGUUCAGGCUCAGUAGUUGUGGCGCACGGGCUUAGUUGCUCCGCGGCAUGUGGGAUCUUCCCAGACCAGGGCUUGAACCCGUGUCCCCUGCAUUGGCAGGCGGAUUCUUAACCACUGCGCCGCCACCAGGGAAGCCCUAGAGCUUUUCUUGACACAGACCUUAUGUCGGUUUUGGAGGCCUUGUUUUGUUAUUAUCUUUUUGUUUAUGAUUUUAGUUUUUACUUUUUGUAGACAUGCGAUGAAGUGGACCCUUGUUUAGUAUGUUGAGGAAAGGUUAUUGUCUGAAUGUAUACGUCUGCCUUCUAUUUCACCUACAUGAACAGUGGGCCUAGCUGAAGAAGUGGCUUCAUGGCAGAAUUCCUGUCUGCUGUGUUUACUCACAAGGUUGUAGCUCUAGCUUUUGACUUGAGCCCUGAAUAGUGAGCUCUGGAAUUUUAAUACUGGGAUUUAUGAGAAAAGGAUUCAAACUGUACUGAACAUUCCUUAACUGUUCUUCCUGCCACCAGGCCUAAUGUAUCUCAUCCUUGAAGACUUGCAAAGACAGAAAGGCAUUCCUAUUCUUUUUAAGAUAACUAAAUUGUUUCUUAAUAAAUAAACUCCCUCUAAAAGAACAGUUCUCAAAAAAGGUAAUGACUUCUUUCAGGGGAUAUUUGGAAAUGUGUGGGUGUGUUUUCAGUUAUCACAGUGAUGGGGGUGCUAAUGGCUUUUUUGUUGCCAUGAGGCCAGGAUGCUAAAUGUCUGAGCAGUCCUAGACAAUGAAGAACUGACCUGCCCAAAGAGAACAUGCUCCAAAAGCCCUUUUCUUUAUUCUCCCAUUAUACUCCUUAUAUAGAAAGAAUCGUGAUAAUAAUAUAAGCAGCUGUACUUUUGAGCCUUUCCUCAUGCUGGCACCAUACUUUAUGCUUUACUUGUAUGCUUACAUAAUUCUUAAAGAAUGUUUAGUAAGAGGAUGCCGUUCUGUAGCUGAUGAAGCUCAGGCUUAGAGAAGUUACGGCCUACAUGUAGUUAAAAAGUACUGCUGUGCAUUUCAAACCUACCAGUCUUUGUAACUGGAGAGUUCUUCCUGUACCACUUCUCUAUACUGCUCCUCUGCAUUGAUCUCAUACCAGUCUGCCCCUCUGCAUUUUCAAUACGGAUAAAUGAAAUACAGGCCAAUCUUUAGGUGCCUUGAGGAUUUUUGUUAAUUAAAAAAGAAAAACUAAGAAACGAAAUGCAUAGGCACUGUGAGUGAAUGGAGAGGUUGUUAUAGAGACUUUAUUUUUUAUUAAUUAAUUAAUUAAUUUUUAUUUUUGGCUGCAUUGGGUCUUUGUUGCUGCGCGCAGGCUUACUCUAGUUGCGGUGAGUGGGGGCUACUCCUCAUUGCAGUGCACGGGCUUCUCAUUGCGGUGGCUUCUCUUGUUGUGGAGCAUGGGCUUCAGUAGUUGUGGCACGUGGGCUCAGUAGUUGUGGCACACAGGCUUAGUUGCUCCUUGGCAUGUGGGAUCUUCCUGGACCAGGGCUUGAACCCAUGUCCUCUGCAUUGGCAGGCGGAUUCUUAACCACUGUGCCACCAUGGAAGCCCCUAGAGACUUUAGAUGGAUGAUGCAUGUGUGGAUUACCCUGUACCAUGAGCAGGGCAGUUUGUUCUGAUCUGGAAUUUCAUAUGCUGCGGAAUUGCACUAAUAACUUUGCAUUAGCAAGUUUAUUACUCUUCGAUUUAUACAUGCAUUUUCAGUACCCCUUAACCAAACAGUUUGUAGCUAACUUGAGAAAAAAACUCUUCUGUGAGAUUAUGUUGAAAUCAGAUGUUUAUUAAACUUUAAAAUAUAAUGCCUUAAACUGUAACACUUUUAAAACAUCUGUUUAUGGCAAAUCACUGAAAGGACUGUUAAUGCUUCCCUUGCACAUGUUGAUAUUUUACAAUUUUUUACUUUAUGAUUUAUUUGAAGUGUAAAAAUAAUAGUACUUUGUUUUAUAAG